AGGCGCUCUCCCCUCAGGAUAACGUCAGGUCUACCAACGAUGCGGAUGCUGCUAUUUCUCAGUGCGCUGUUGGGGGUGUUCGGGUUGGAGAAAGCGUCCCCCGUGGACACCCAGCAGCUUCGGGCCCUUCAGUGCCCGCCCUGCGAGCGGAUACACUGCUCUUCCCGGCGGGCGCUGAAGCUCCAGUGUAAAGGGGGCGUGACGACGGGUGUCUGCGGAUGCUGCCCCGUGUGCGCCAAGACGGAGGGGGAGACCUGCGGGGGGACGUGGGACUACCUGGGGAAGUGCGACGAGGGGCUGGUGUGCGUUUUUCAGGACUCGGCAGCUGCCAAACCAGACGCAGAACGCAAAGGGAUCUGCAAAGCAGUGAUUGAACAGCUGGAUGCAGAGAGCUGCCAACCAGAGUGCACCAAGGAGUACUGCCAGGCCAACCCCUCUGCAAUCUGCUCUGCCAGGUCUACAUCUCUGCAGAAUAAAGAGUGCCAGGGCUCCUGCCAGCACACGUCCUGCUCCAGCUGUCUGCUGCUGAAGCGUCCAUCGUGCUCUCAGACCUGCGCCCCGUCCGAUUCCACCUGUCUGCAACACUUUGGGAAGUGUGUGCACAAUCACCUGACUGCACCUCACAGUCCCAUAUGCCACAACAACCUCCAGAGUAACUGCGAGGGGCAUUUUGUGUGCUUGAUCCCGGACUGUCCGAGCUCAUCCAGCUAAGAAGAAACCAAGAGGAACACUUGUAGCAAAACGUGAAGAAAGGCAGCUAUGUUUAAACCCUGUGAAUAUCUCAAAACUACUUAAUCAACAAUUACUUUUCGCCCCCUGCAAUUUAAAUCAAGAUUAAAACCUUCUACUUUUUUAAAUUCUAUACCAUCAUGUAUUGAC